AUGUACGCUCCUUCGAUCGCCCAGGCGGCGCAGCCACCAUCCAUGGCGAGCUCGUCAGCAAGACCGUUGCAGCUUGACCAAUGGGCAAACACAAAGGCACCUCUCACUUCCUCACAACGCGCCUCCGUCAAUCGUCUCGCAGAAUGGCUUCAUCGCAACUCGUCCGAUUUCAAGCCUCAGAAUGACCAACAGCGCCAAGUUCCACCAUCUCAGCCAGGCAAUGGCUCCAGCGGACCACCGGCCGCAGCCGAUCCGACCGACAUCGAUGACACCGCACCGAUAAGCACUCUUGACCUCACAAGCACCAAAGGCAGCGAGGCAGUCUCGCUUCCAGAAGCUGGAGUCCCACUAGCCUCGGCGCAGAGCUUCCUUGCUUGGUACACGCAGCUUUCCGACUCGAUCACAUCCUCCACGCAGACCUCGCAUCGCCAAGCAUUGCAGCGCAUCUCGGACACCACUUCCACCGCAGACAACCUCUUGGCUCAGCUCGAGGCGUGCCAGGUCAAUGUAUCAGAGCUCCGUGCAGGCACCGCCUUCGUUCAAGACUCGUCGAGAGGCAUCCGCGAACAGGCGCAAUCACUCCUCGACUCACAGACCCACCUCGACACCCUCGCAGAAGAGAUCGCCUCUCGCCUCUCUUUCUUUACCUUGCUUCCCUAUGCUACCAACAUGCUCAGCUCCCCCGACUCGACCAUCGUCUACUCUCAGUCCUUUCUCGAUCUCAUGGACCAGCUCGAGAUGGCGCUCCUCUUCCUGCAACAAGAGCCCGCAGCAUCCUACCACGAUGCUGCUCUCUACCGUAUGCGGUAUGCGCAGUGCGUCACCAGGGCAGCCACCCUUGCAAAGCUGGCGGUGGUGCGCGAGUUUAGAGCAGAGUCAGAAUGCACAGCAGACAAGCUGAAACAGCUAGAUUCCAGUCGUAAUUCAGACGGUACCAGUGCAGCGACGGCUGCAGAAGCUGGCUUGGACGCCAAAGGAAAGGGCCGCGAAGUCACACACGACUCAGCCAUCGGUCUUUCCGAAUCUGCGAUUCCCACGGAGACGGCCGAGGCCCUGUUCGGCGGUGCAGAACAUCAAGUCGCAAAGCUUCGUCCGCUCAUCUUUGAGCUGCAGAGACGCGCGAGCAAUGCAGCUUCCUCCUCCUCCGCCAACGCAUCUACAUCAGCAGAAUACGAGUCCCUUCUGCAGGAAUGCAGGGCCGCCUGGUUUCAAUACCGUCGUCCUCUACUCUCACGAACGCUCGCACAGGGCGUCACCGAGAUCGAGGCACAACCCACCAGCUCGCAGGCAGGUGGCGAGACCUCGCAUCCGGUCGUUCAAUUCGCUCGCUCCGGCACUCACCUUGUUCGAUUCGUCUUGCAGAGGGAGCACGACCUCUACCAGCAGUUUUUCGGCGGCGACCCGUCUCUCCCAGCUUCUACUCCCGAGCAAGAAUCCGAUCCGGCCCUGGCAGCGUACCUGUCCGAAAUCGCAGAAACGUUCACAGCUCGACUGCGUCCGAGAUUGUUCAAGGAGGAGAAUCUCGUGGUGCUGUCUCAGACCUCUGCCGUCGUCUCUGACACGGUCCUCGCCGAUGAACGCAAGACACCGUGGGUGCGGAGCUUGCAGCCAGUUGUCAACGAGGCUCAAUCGCGUCUCAUUGCCCGAGCACAAGUCGUCAUAUCGUCCGACAUCGCGAGCUUCACCGCACGCGAAGAGCGCGGCGACCUCGAGUUUCCGGAGCGUAUCAGAACGUACAAAGCAUCACUCGCUAGCCUCGGCACUGAAACAGUGACGACGACAUCGACAGCCACUGUCGUCAAGGGGUCACACCGCCGCGGCAAGUCGGGCGCUGGUCUGCUCGAUGCAGCCCUCCCAACAUCACAUGCAGCUUCCACUUCCAAGACGCAGCAGGAAAAGGUGGAGCUUUUCACGCUCCCCGCUGCCUUGCUGUCGACCUACUAUGCGCCAAUCGAGUACAUGCUCGAGUUGCUCUUCAAUCUGCAGGCUCGUGUACCAGCGAGCGCGUUCCGCCGCAUUGCCAUUGCAGCCGUCGAAGCAUGCCUCGCCAGCGUCAGCACCGGGUCGCAGGCCUUGGUGAAGCGCACAAAGGGGGACAGCCUGGAACGCGAGGACGGAUGGCUAUUCGAAAUUCGUCAGCUCGAGAUUCUGCGAGAGACGGUCGUCUCCGCGGAUCUCGUGCUCAAGCAAGCGUACGAGCAGCAGAACGCUGGAGGUGAUGUUGCGGCCGAUGGAAAGGGUCGGGCCCGUUCCGAUUCCCAGCUGAAUGCUGGAACGACAGCAGCGCUCGUCGAUCUCUCCUCGCUCAUCGCCGCCAUCAAUUCGCUCUGGACCAACACAGGUCGCCUCUUCUAUCCGACGACUAAUGUUGACGCGGCCGAAGCCGACAGCCUGACAUCGACACAACUCGAUAUGGAGCCAUGCACCUCCAACGUUGCAUUCAAGCUCCAAACGCUGGUCGAACAGGUCUCCAAGCUGUGGGCCGACUCGAUCAUCCUUCCGUUGCGCGUCUACAUCGACCAGAGCGCAGCUGAAGCAAACGCAGCCAAGUUCACGAGCACCUACCAAGCGUUCGAGACGUGCAUCGAGAGCAUCACCCCCGAAAAGGCAGGCAAGGUGACGCUCUGGGUGGAGGACCGGGAGGUGCAGAGGCUCAUCGUCGCUGGUGUCGUAGCGAAGGUGACUCAGGCGUAUGCGACCUUCAUUGAGAUGAAGCCGGCUGACGCUGGUGAAGUCAAUGCGGUCGAUAGAACGACAGAGAGAGUGAGGGGCGAGUGGGGCAAGGUGCUGUCGCUGUGA